AAAGAACAAAGACACAAGACAACAGACAUUAUUUCCGGCCACGCAGUGCCUAGGAAAUUAUAAUUUAUCAGUCAAGCUCAAUGACGUCGUGCAUCGUUUGUACGACACACAGUAUGACACAAACGGCGAAGUAAGUCGCGUGAUAUUUAAGUGCGAAUCUUUAUUACGGUACAAUUGCAUGAGAUAAAGUUGGAACAUCAUUCGAGCCUGGUUCGAUCAAUAAUAACGAUUAAUCUCAAAGGAAAGGAAAGAUGAUCAAACUGUUCUUAAUUCUGUCCGUUCUGGCUGUUCUGGUCGACAACCACGUGGAGGCGAGGAUUCUGACUCAAUGCGAAGCUGUGCAAGAGCUUCAAAAAGCUCAAAUCCCGAGAACCUAUAUCAGCAACUGGGUCUGCUUGAUGCAGAGCGAGAGCGGAAUGAACACACGGUUGAUCACUGGUCCAAAAACAGCCUCGAGCUACAGUUUCGGAAUCUUCCAGAUCAACAGCGCGAAAUGGUGCUCCAGGGGGCACAGUGGAGGAAAAUGUAACAAACGUUGCGAAGAUUUCGCGGACGACGAUAUCAGAGACGAUAUCGAAUGCGCCAAGAAGAUUCAGGCUAUGGAAGGGUUCAAAGCGUGGGAUGGUUGGAUGAAGAAAUGCAAAAACAAGCCAUUGCCGAAUAUUGGAAAUUGCAAACGACGAAAACGAUGGCUGGAAAUAUUAUGGGAUUUGACCGACAACAAAGAACAAACGAAGAAGAUGAAACCGUGGCUGAUAUCGCUGUUCCUCGUCGUUCUGAUCGACAGCCAGGUUAUAGCCAAAAUUCUGACGGAAUGCGAAAUCGUGCAACAGCUCCAACAAGCUAGAAUCUCAAGGAGCGAUAUCAGCAGUUGGAUCUGUUUGAUGCAGAACGAGAGUGGAUUGAACACGAAUUUGAUAACCGGGCCGAAGACGGCCUCCAGCUACAGUUACGGGAUUUUCCAAAUUAACAGCGCCAAAUGGUGUUCCAGGGGACAUAGUGGAGGCAUUUGCAGAAAACGUUGCGAGGAUUUCGCGAAUGACGAUAUCAGAGACGAUAUCGUUUGCGCUAAGAAGAUUCAAAGUUUGGAAGGGUUCAAGGCGUGGGAUGGUUGGGUGAAGAAUUGCAAAAAAAAGCCUUUGCCAAAUAUACAGAAAUGCUCACGAUGAUGACGAGCAUACCUUUAUCGAAGCCAGUACCGUAAAACGAGAUGGAUUUUCCAAAAACAUGGUAAAAUAAUUAGUAAUUAAACAUUGGAUCUCGCUUGACUUUUCGUAUAACGAUUCUACGAAAUUUCAUUGUGUUUUUUCUCGAA